UCAUCAUCAAUCAUCAUCACCAUAUAUAUCUUCAAACAUUCUCUCUACCCAUUUUUUCCUUCAAGUCUAGCUUUUUCUUCCCCCCGGCAUCUCCUUCUUCCUCAACAACAAACCCAAAAUAAAUCAGCUUCUUUUUUUCUUCUUCUUCUUUUGAUCCUUGAAACUAGUUCAUAGAGAACUCUCUUCAACACCAGAUAUAUAAUGGAGCUGGCUUUGAGCCUGGGAGAAAACACCACCCCAAAACCCUUUUCAUCAUCAUCAUUUCUUGAUAAACCACCACCCCAGAAAAGGUCCAUUGAUCUAGGGUUUUGCAUGGGAAAUCUUGUAAAUUCUCGUGAAGAAGAAGAAGAAGAAGAGAGAAGAGAAGGGUCAUCGCCGCCGGUGCAGCUUGAACUUCUUCCAUUUUCUCCGGUCAUCCAAAGAAGAACAAGUCAAACUAGUACAGCUGCGGCAGUUGUUGUACCUCCACCAAACCAGCUCAUGACCUUUUCUUGGCUCUCCCAUAACUUAAAGGUGGCUACUGAACCGGGUUCAUCGGCCGGACAAGGAAGAGGAAAGGUGGAAGUAGUAGUGAACCGGACAUCAUCAUCAUCAUCACCACCAAACAGUGCUACUAACUCAGCAGCCUCAUCUUUCCAGAUGGAUUUCCUAAUGUACACAAAUAAUAAUGGAUCAAGAUCAUCAAACAGUACAGGCAGCAACAAAAGGGAUUAUUUUGAUUUACAAAACACUCUUAUUCAUAGUAAUAAUUAUAAUCGCGAAGGAGGCGAGAAUUGUCAUGCUAGUCCAAGAGGAGCAAGUGAUCAAGAUCAAGAAGAUGAGAAUGGAUUAACGGCUGCUGCCAGAAAAAAGCUCAGGCUAACCAAACAGCAAUCAGCAUUCCUCGAAGAAAGCUUCAAAGAACACAACACUCUUAAUCCCAAACAAAAGUUAGCAUUGGCUAAGCAGUUGAAUCUUCGCCCUCGCCAAGUAGAAGUGUGGUUCCAAAAUAGAAGAGCCAGGUACUUUUAUAUCAAAAUUAAUCUCUACAACUUUGUUUUUGUUUCGAGGAUUUUUCUUUUUCCAAUAAGUACGUAAUGUGGAAUUUUUUUCUGGGGCCAAGGACUUGCUGUAGAUGUAUAUAAUUAAGAUACCCUUCCAAAAAUAGUAAUAGUAUGGUUGAUGUACUUGAAGAAAGUUGUUGGUUUUUUAUUUUUUUAAUUAAUUUCCUAAGAAUUUUGUUGUAUAAAUCAAUGUCAACAGCAAAAUGUAAUGUAGUACAUCCAACAUAAUUAAUGAAUUGGGUGUGACAAAGUCCUCGUGAAUAUCAUGAGGAAAAUUGAAUGUGUGACAUCGUGGAUGGCCUUUAAUUUCUUCAACUAGGUAGGAGUAAUUAAUGGAAGAAUUGUUAAUGAGAGUUUAUAAUGGAAAAAUUAAUCCAGGACAAAGUUGAAGCAGACAGAGGUAGAUUGUGAGCAUUUAAAGAGAUGCUGCGAGAAACUGACAGAAGAGAACCGGAGGUUGCAAAAGGAGCUUCAGGAAUUAAGAGCUUUGAAGUCUUCUCAGCCAUUUUACAUGCAACUUCCUCCCACCACUCUCACUAUGUGUCCUUCUUGUGAACGUGUCGCCACCGCCACCAAUACGGCCAAUGCCGCCCCGGCUGAUGUAUCUCCGGAAGGAUGCACGGCCGACGCGGCCAACACGACGUUAUCUCUCGCUAAACCUAGGGAUCAUCAGCUUCUUCUUCCAUUUCCAACAUCUAAAGUUCAUCAAGCUACCAAGUCAGCUGCCUCAUGACUUACGUGGUGCAUGUACAAGUGUUUGUUUAUUUUUUUUUUUAAUUACUUCUCAUUUAUAUACUCCCAAAAAAAACAUAUGUAAAUUAAUCGUGAAUUUUUGUUAUUUUUUUUCUUUUGGGGGAACAUGUUUUUUCCUAGUAAACCACUAAUUAACGAUUUCGCAAGUUUAGAUAGUGAGGAUGUUUGGGAGAGUGAUGUUGCUAGGUAGGAAGACUUGGAACUAAUAUACAGCAAACAAAAAAUUUUUAUUUAAUAUUUUUUGUUUACUGAAUUUCCAAUUGAAUCGGAAUGUGUAGUGUUUUUGAG